CUAUCUAUCUAUCCCUAGCCGGCCUAAUCGACGAUCCAUCAGCCUCCUCCCUAGAAAAUCGUUCCAUUUUGUUGUAGCAUUAUAUAUAUAAUAUUAUCUAUAUAUCCCUGGGCAAUGAGAAUAAACCCGAUCGUCUUUCAAUAUAGAUACAGAUCCGAUCAGCUUGUGUCCUUGAUUUUGCUUUUGUUAUUAGGAGAUAAUUGGUGUUUGGUUAGCACUCAUGGAUCAAUAAUUCAUCAUCCAUCUCAUCAUCUCGUCUCCCUGCCUGCCUAGCGAGUAGCGCCUGCCAUCUCGCCCCCUCCAUAUAUAUCCGCUCUGCUCUCUCAGGCUACACCUCACCUCGCCCGGCCAUCCACUCUCUCACUCACACAGCGAGCGAGCCCCAUUUCCGAGACAGGCCACGGAGAGCGGCGGCGCGUCAGCCCUCUGCUGGUUCGGUCGAGAGGAGUAGAAGGAAGGAUGGCGAGCAUGGAGGCCGGUCUGGUGCGCAAGCACCCGUCGGACGCCGGCGGCCUCCGCGAGGCGCGGUACGGGCCGCACGGGCACUCGGCGAGCGCCCGCACGGCGCACAGCAUGUCGGCGUCGGCGCUGCGCAAGAAGUCGGACGCGUCGCUGGUGCGCAAGGUGCCGUUCGCGCCGCUGCGGCCGGUGCUGGCCAACCUGCAGGAGGUCUUCCUCGGCACCAAGCUCGCCGUGCUCUUCCCCGCCGUGCCGCUCGCCAUCGCCGCGCGGUACGCGCACUUCGGCCAGGUGUGGGUGUUCGCGCUCAGCUUACUCGGCCUCAUCCCUCUCGCCGAGCGUGUCAGCUUCCUCACCGAGCAGAUCGCGAUAUACACUGGCCCCACUGUGGGCGGCCUCCUGAACGCGACGUGCGGCAACGCCACGGAGCUCAUCAUCGCGCUCUUCGCACUCAUGCAGGGCAAGAUCGAGGUCGUCAAGUGCUCCCUCCUCGGCUCCGUCCUCUCCAACCUGCUGCUCGUGCUCGGCACCUCCCUCUUCUGCGGGGGCAUCGUCAACCUCAACGUCGACCAGCCAUAUGACAGGAAACAAGCGGACGUGAGCACGGGCCUCCUCAUCCUCGGCGCGCUGUGCCAGUCCCUGCCGCUCAUGCUGCGCUACGCGGUGGGCGCCGGCGAGCACUCCGUGGCCGCGGACACCACGGGCCUCGAGCUGUCACGCGCCUGCAGCAUCGUCAUGCUGCUCGCAUACGCCGCCUACCUCUUCUUCCAGCUCAAGACGCACACCCAGCUCUUCGAGCCGCAGGAGAUCGACGACGACGGUGAGGUUGAUCAGGAAGAGGCUGUCAUCGGGUUUGCCAGUGGGUUCUUCUGGCUGGCAUUCAAGACCGUGCUCAUCGCCAUUCUGUCCGAGUACGUCGUCGGCACGAUUGAGCCUACCUCACAAUCUUGGGGCUUGUCAGUGAGCUUCAUCAGCAUCAUCCUACUCCCAAUCGUCGGGAACGCGGCAGAGCACGCUGGGGCCAUCAUUUUUGCUCUCAAGAACAAGCUGGACAUUACUCUUGGAGUAGCUUUGGGGUCGGCGACCCAGAUCUCCAUGUUUGUGGUGCCACUGAGUGUCAUUGUAGCUUGGAUCGCGGGUAUUCAAAUGGAUCUGGACUUCAAGCUGCUAGAGACCGGCACUCUGUUCGUCUCAGUAAUAGUAACAGCCUUCACCCUCCAGGAUGGAGCGUCACACUAUCUGAAGGGGAUCCUUCUCCUUCUGUGCUACAUUGUCAUUGGCGCAUGCUUUUUCGUCACGAGGCAACCUGCAAGUCAUGCAAACGGCAACGGAGGCGGGCUGGCUGUACCGACCGGUACUUGGAACGCACAGGUGGCAUAACAGGUUAAGAGCCCUGAAUGGACAAGUCAGCAUGCAAGAUAUCAGAGCAAUGUUCUGAAACAGAUCGACUCUGAAACUAGAAGAAGCUCAAUGAGUGAUAGAUCCUACUUUCCAGGGGAAUGGUGAAGUCGGUCUGAGUGCUGCCCGGAGCGAAUGCAUUCGUACUAUUGGUUUAGUUAGGCUGCGGCUGCUGCAAUAAGGGUAGCGAAUAUAUGUGCUCCAAUCCUAUGUAGUAUAUGAUCAAUCGUGUGUUGCUUCAUUCAUGCAGCUUAAUAAGAUAUAUACAUAUGCAGUGGUGUAUUGUAGCAUUGUGUAGUGUAUGUGCGUAUUGUACAGUAUAUGCUUACUGUUCGCCGUAUCUCUUUUGUCGUCAGUGCCGGAUCUGGCCCUGGGCCUACAACUAGGCCCAUUAAACCUCCAUGAAUUCAGGAAAGAGAUUGGUGGGACCGAAAACAAA